AUGGUAGACAAGUUCAGCUGGGAUCUUUUGCUGUUCUGCAAAAACGGGCAUUUUGAUGAAGCGCGAAGGCUCUUCAGCUGCAUGCCGUGCUGGAGCCUCGUGUCAUUUACUACUAUGAUUUCUGUUGACUCCAAGAGAAGCAAAAUGCAAGGAAUACAAUCUGUUACUAUAAACGCGGUGCUUUUUGCAUUUGCCGAAAAUGGGCAUCUUGAUUCUGCCAAGGUAGUCUUUAGCAAAAUGCCUGCUCACAACUUGGUCUCGUGGACGAUGAUGCUGGGGGCUUUAUCUCAGCUCGCGGAUGUAGAAAGCACUUUUAAAGAGAUGCCGGAGCACGAUGUCGUCUCGUGCACUUGCGCAAUUGCAGCAUUUUCCCGUCACGGGCAUUUGGAGCUCUUCCACGCCAUGCAAUCGUGUGAUUCUAGACGACGCGCAUUGCCAUUGUUACAUCCGGGGGCACGACCGUGCCCUUGGAGCGACGAUGCGUUAGGGUCAUUGACAAUUUCAGCUUGGGGAGUCGAGGAGCAGCCCCCAUUUUGCCGCUCGCUGCCGGAUAAUCCCUGGGUAAGCGAAAUCUGCCUUUUAUUUCUUCGAGAGUUUAACUCCCGCUUCGCAGCACGAGAAAAAUGGUUUGAUGCUGUGACUCGGGCAGUCACAGGACAUCAUUCUGAGCAUGCUAUGUUUUACUUUGCAGCUGACUUCUACGUCCCCUGGAACUCCAUGGCUCUCCUCCGCAAGGCCAAUGAGAUGAUCAACAGCAAUGCUAAGAUGGGCAUUCUCAAGGACUACAUGAUGCCUUCGUAUGUACUUGCUCCAGCAGACCAUGUAUCUCCAGCAGCAACAAGCAUGAAUCCGGCAGCUGCACGAGAGCCUUGCCUCGAUCUAGAGAAGUGCGUUCUUCUCAUCAAAUCCUCCACAACAAUCGCCCAGGCCAAGUCCACUCACUCGCGAGUUCUUCCUUGUCUCAAACACUUUCCCGGCUCCCAGGCAAAGUACGUUUUUGAUGAGAUGCCACAAAGGUCCCCGGCAUCAUGGACGGCCAUGUUGGUGUCAUGCGCACGGAGUGGCUACCUUGGUGAUGCCGAGGAUAUGUACAAAUACAUGCCGUUUAAAGACAUUGUGGCCAAAACCUCUAUUCUUGUGGCAUAUGCCCAAUUGGGGCAUCUUGCUAAAGCGCUUAAAAUAUUUAGCGAGAUGCCUCGCGCUGAUCAAAUUUGCUGGAAUGCAAUGCUUUCGGCCCACACCCGAAACGGGAAUCUCAUGGACGCUAGAAGAUUUUUUAAGUCAAUGCCUGCAAGGAAUCUAUCAUCGUGGACGACUAUGCUCUUGGCAUAUUCUCAAGCUGGGCAUCUGCUUGGCGCCAGUUACAUAUUUGAUUCUAUGCCCUACAGGGACAUGGUGUGCUGGAACGCGAUGUUCACGGCAUUCUCCAUCCACGGAUGUCUGGAAGAGGCGCGAGGAAUGUUUGAAGUGAUGCCUGAGCGAGAUCUUGUGUCGUUCAAUGGGAUGCUGUGUGGAUUCGUUUACAAUUUUGCCAGGGAUUUGGAGCACGAGAUGGUGGAGGAAUCGAGAAAACUUUUUGAUUCAAUGCCGGAGCGUGAUCAUGUCCUGGACGAACAUGAUCUGCCUGUAUGGCCAGAGUGGAGAUCUGGAAAAGGCGCGAGAAGUAUUUAA